AUGACGGCCGGUAUCAGUGACGCGAUCAAGAAAGAUCAUCGCGAAAUCGAGGAUUACUAUAACAAAAUCCUCGCUUCCCCCACGGACGAAGAGAAAAUCAUGUGGCAGAACCAGUUCACGUGGGAGCUGGCCCGUCACUCCAUCGGCGAGGAGCUUGUCGUCUACCCUCAAUUCGAGAAGAAGCUGCCUGAUGGUCGCAACAUGGCGGACAAGGACCGUCAAGAACACCUCUCUGUCAAAGAACAACUCAAAGCUUUCCAAAAUAUGGGACCUUCCGAUCCUCAAUUUGAGCCUACUCUUAAAGCUCUCAUGAAAGAUCUCUCCAAGCACAUCAAAGAAGAAGAGAGCGAUGAUCUUCCCAAAUUGGAAGACAAUUUGACGACCGAGGAGAGCGAGGACCUUUCCAAAUCUUUCGGCAGGACUAAGAUGUUUGUUCCGUCGCGCUCGCAUCCCAGUGCUCCUGAUAAGCCUCCUUUUGAAACGGCCGUCGGACUUAUGACGGCCCCUAUUGAUCAUCUGGCGGAUUUGUUCCGGAAGUGGCCGCAUACUUCCGGCAUGCCAAACCCGUCUACUAAGUAG